GCGUUUCAUAAAGGGAAAUGUGUAGGGACUGUUGUUUGUAAGAUGGGGGAUCAUCGAAAUUCAACUUUUAGAGGUUACAUUGCUAUGUUAGUUGUUAUCAAACCUUAUCGAGGAAGAGGCAUUGCUACUGAACUUGUUACCAGAUCUAUUCAAGUGAUGAUGGAAUCUGGAUGCGAAGAGGUGACAUUGGAAGCAGAAGUUACAAAUAAAGGAGCACUCGCAUUAUAUGGCCGUCUUGGUUUUAUUAGAGCAAAACGACUCUUUCGCUAUUACUUAAAUGGAGUUGAUGCUUUUCGUCUGAAGCUGCUAUUUCCACAACCAGAGUUAUACCCCUCUUUGCCUAUAAUGGCUGAUAGAGAUCAUACAGAGGGGCAUGAUGAUCACUCGCCAACCGAAGACUGUUCUGAGCUCCAUAGAGGCUU